AUGGAUCUAACAGAGCCCUCCCAGGCGGCCAAUUGUGAUCAGAUCCCGAUCGUCGAUCUCUCUCAUCUAGAAAGCCCGAGUAUUGAAGAACGGCAGCAGCUCGCCCGAACGAUAUAUGAUGCCUGUACUCAAGUUGGUUUCUUUUAUAUCAAGAAUCAUGGUAUUCACGAGCAAAUGAUAAAUGGCGUUCAUCAUGCCGCAGAACGCUUUUUUGCCCUUCCAGAAGAACAGAAGAUGAAAUUCUAUAUUGGAAAUUCUCAGAAAUUCCGUGGUUAUAGCCCCCUAGAAGGCGAGAAAACAACAGGUACAGAUGAUGAUCCCAUAUCGGCCGAGGAAGCCACGGGCGUACUCUCCGAGGCAUUUGACAUCGGGUAUGAAACCGCAUUGGAUUUUCAAAAGUCUCCAGGUGCCGUUCUUGGUCUCGAUACCUAUGGUUUAUACGGGGAUAACCAAUGGCCCGAUGAGAUCACGCUUGCCGGGUUUAAAGAAACUUACAUUGAAUAUUGCGCCACCGCGUUGGAGUUCUGUCGCAAACUCAUGAGAAUAUUCGCACUUGCCUUGGAUGUACCUGAGGACUACUUUGACACGAAAAUUCAAACCCCCGGUGUUACUUCUAGGAUGAUGCAUUACCCUGCCCAACCCGUUGGGGAAACACGUGAAGGACUAGGGGCGCAUACGGAUUGGGAAUGUUUUACAAUCCUUUCUCAGGGCAAGGUUCCUGGAUUGCAAGUCUUGAAUCAUCGUGGGGAAUGGAUUCUAGCCCCUCCUAUUCCGGGAACAUUGGUUGUCAAUAUCGCCGAUUGCUUGUCGACUUGGACAAACAAAAAGUUCAAAUCAACAAUCCAUAGGGUAUCAAACCUCUCUGGAGAAGAACGCUAUUCUAUCCCGUUCUUCUUUGGAAUCGACUAUGAUGCUACCGUGUCUGUAUUGGAUAAUCAUACCUCGGUCGAUAAUCCACCAUGCAGGGCACCUUUCAAGGCGGGCGAAUGGGUUCGUGAGAAGAUGUCCAAGGCAUAUGUCGGUUAUAAAGGCUAG